AUGAAUCUUGAAACCAUGACAGAAAUUUUAAAGAUGUACGAUCUAUCUAUUCCUUUAUACAUUUGGAUAUUGAUUUUUCCGAUUCUUCUGAUUGUUUUUCGAUAUCUUCGUCGAUCAAACACAAAAUUAGUAGGACCACGUCGCGGUAUUGAUCGAACUUUAACAUAUCCUCGUCAAUAUGCUAUUGGCUGGUACUAUUUAUGUGAUUCUGAUGAAAUUCUACGAGGUCAUAUAGAACAUUUUUAUCGACUUGGAAGAGAAAUGGUAGCAUUUCGAGGCGAUGAUGAACAUAGACAAGUAUCCGUUGUCGAAGCAUAUUGUGUUCAUUUGGGUGCAAAUUUAGGAGUUGGUGGACGUGUUGUACCAGGUACGAAUUGUAUACAAUGCCCUUUUCAUUUAUGGGAAUUCGAUGGAAAGAAUGGGCGCUGUACAAAAAUCCCCUACUUAAAUGGAAAAAUACCUGAGAAAGCUUGUCUUCAAGUAUAUCCAAGUGUCGAACGUUAUGGUAUGAUUAUGAUUUGGUAUCAUCCUUUAAAUGAGCCACCUCAUUAUGAAGCUAUUUGCAUAGAGGAAUUAUUUGAAAAACGUUUUGAAUUUCGAGGUACUUAUCGGUAUCCAAAUAUAAAUAUGCAUCUUCAGGAAUUCACUGAAAAUGCUGCCGAUAUUCAACAUUUUGGACCACUACAUGGACAAAUGUUAGUACCAUGGACUGAAUGGUGUGUUCCAUUUGUUAAUAUUCACCAUACCCCAUCGUUUUCAUUUGUUGACGAACCAUGGAAGAUUAUGUUUUAUAAUACGGCCAUGUUGCAAAUUUUCGGAAGAAAACUCGAAUCAACAAAAGUUGAUGCAUCAAUUAUAUUUCAUGGACCAGGUAGCAUCACACUAUUCCGUUUUGAUGGAAAAUUCGGUCGAUUGUAUUUAUUUCAUACAAAUACACCAUGUGAAUAUACAAAAUUAAAUGUUGUUUUUCGAGUAUUUGCAGAAAGAAAGAUUGCAAGAUUUUUAAGUUGGUAUAUUGUGGGAAAUUGGGUUGCUCAAUGGCAACGAGAUCUAUUUGUUUGGGAAAAUAAAAUACAUAAACGUUCACCAAUUCUUGUUAAAACCGAUGGUCCCAUUAUGAAAUUACGUCGUUGGUUUAACCAAUUUUAUCUUUCAAAAGAGGACAAUGAUAAAGAUGUUAAUGUCAAUGAUUGGUAA